AUGAAGCUGACCGUGGGUGAUGAGUCUUUCUGGUGUUUUGACAGAGCUAUUGAACUCUAUCAACAGAGACUUCAGUGGCUCACAGAAAACAGCAAGAAGAGGCUGCAGGGGAACGAGCCCCAGUUUUCAGCAUGGGGGGACUCUGAAGAUUGGCUUUCCACUCACAGUUUAAAGUUUGAGAAACUCAGCUUGGCUGACCUGAUAAGUCAGGGCACCGCAGUGGAAGAAGACACCAGUGUCCUGCAGAAAAUGCAUUUCUCCACCCAGAUCAUCCACCACUUUGAAUCGAAGCUUUCUGAGAAGGCCGUGGGCGAGUGGCCUCACCUCUCUGGGUCUGUGUCUGAGGAGGACAAACGCAGGGGUUAUAAACCAGUGCUCUACGCCAGCCGGGACGUGGACGAGCUCCUGGCAGAAACCCAGAGGGCCCGGAGCGUCCUCAGCCACGUGCAAGCCCUGCAUCCCAGCAGCCCCUGUGAGGAGCUCACCUGCAUGAUGAGGGAGGAACUCAAGCUCUGGGUAAAGACAUUGCAACCUGACAGAGGCAGCAAUUUGCUGCAAGCCCUGAAGAAAAUCUUCACCGUAGAGGGGCUGAAUUCCCUGGUGGCCAUAAUGGGACGCUGCCCAGAUCAGCCUUGUGAAAUCCUAUCUGACUACAUCCAGCAGUCCAGCAUGGGAAGGGACCUCAUCACCCACAUCAUCACCUACAAAUGUGGUGAUCAGGUGCCCCCUGCUGUCCUGAAGAACCUUGUGGAAGCUGUUGGGGGCUACUACCAUUGCUACAGCCCGGGAACGGAGGCAUUUGGCCUCAUCAGGGGGACCAGAGUCGGGGUCCUCAUAGAUGUGUCAGUGAUCAGCAGUGGCCCUCAGAAAGAAGAGUUCCAAAGUGACCUCAUGAAGGCAAUGGUGCAAUUUGAAUGGCACGAUGGGACGGUGAAGAAUAUUCACGUGGACCUGCCCUUCCUCUGUGAGUACCAGAAACAGCUCAGCAGAGCUAUGCGGAUGUACGAGAGGCGGAUCGAGUGGCUCUCUCUGGCCAGCAGGAGAAUCUGGGGCACUGUCUGUGAAAAAAGGGUGGUUAUACUGCUCGAUAUCUCCGUGACCAAUUCCAUGUACAUUAUUCAUAUCCAACACUCCCUGCGACUGCUGCUGGAGGAGCAGCUGUCCAACAAGGACUGCCUCAACCUCAUCGCGUUUGGAAGCACAAUCGAAAGCUGGAGGCCUGAGAUGGUUCCCGUGAGCCACGACAAUUUACAGAGCGCCUGGCGGUGGGCCCUGAACCUGCGGUGUCGCGGCAGCAGGAAUGUCCUUGGUGCCCUGCGGAAGGCUGUGGAAGUGGACUUCAAGGACAAAGACAAACACCAAUCACAGGGCAUCUAUCUCUUCACCGGGGGCAUCCCCGACCAGGACAUGCCCAUGCUCAGCUCCUACGUGGCCGAGGCCUGUGGAGGCUGCGACCUCCAGCUGAACGUGUGUCUCUUCUAUGUGGGCGAGCCACAGAUGGACACCACGCCUCCUGCCUGCUAUGCCAGCUGCAAUGACACGGCCACUGCCUACAGGGAGGUCACCCGGGCUGCUGGUGGCCACUUCCACUGGUUUGGAGAAACAGGCAUUUAUGAGAGCGAUGACAUCAACGCCAUCGUGUCCGAGAUGGAGAAGGCUCUCAACUACUCCCAAAAGUGUGCCUUACUGGUAGCCUCCCUGAAGAAUCACUCAGGAAAAGAAAAGGAAAGUGCAGACCUCCAGAAAGAAAAGCCAAAGAUGCUCCAGCAGAGACGUCAGCCCAAGAAACUCUGUUCUCCCAAGUCCACGGCCCCCUCGGUGGCCAGAAUGAACGUCAAAGAUGACCCAGACAGAGAGAAGAGCCCCCCCUUGAAGGCUCUGAAAUGGCGUCCCCUCAGUGGCAGAGCAGACACCUCGCCAGCUGCAGCCCAGCCAGUGAAAGAUGUCACAACAGAACGGAGGAGGAAGACCAAGUCACGGGAAGCAGAGACAGCUCUCUUGCUGUUCUACACAGACACAGGGAAUAAAGUGGGCGCAGUGUACAAGAAGUACCCUCAAGGAAAGGGUGUAAGAAGGACCAAUUCCUCCAUUGAGUUGCCCAGAAAGGAUACGGUUUGCUCAAGCCAAGAGUGGGUAGCAAAUUAUGGGCUGAAAAAAUUGAAGCUGGAGAUCUCCAGAUGCCUCGGUCCCAGCUGCGCUCAUCAAAAGUCAGCACGGAGAUCAGCGUCCGCCAAGUACUGCAGUGCCUUCCCCAGCAUAGAGGUCAAUGGCGUGGUGAGACACAUUCAGUGGACGCCCAGGGACAUGGAGGUGUACGUCAGGUGCGUGGAGAAGGUGAUGAGGCGCUAUGUCCAGAGGCUGCAGUGGCUGCUGUCUGGGAGCCGCCGACUAUUUGGUGCCAUCCUGGAGAGCAAAGUGUGCGUCCUGCUGGACACAUCCGGGUCCAUGGGCCCCUACCUGCAGCAGGUGAAAACAGGGCUGGUUCUGCUGAUUUGGGAACAGCUGCGGAAGCGCUGCCACAGUUUUAACCUGCUCAGCUUUGCAGAAGGCCUUCAGCCGUGGCAGGACGCUCUGGUGGAGACCACGGAUGCAGCGUGUCACGAGGCUAUGCAAUGGGUGACCCACCUGCAAGCUCAGGGGAGCACCUCAGUCUUGCAAGCAUUGCUGAAAGCUUUCAGUUUUCACGACCUGGAAGGAUUAUACCUCCUGACCGACGGGAAGCCAGACACGAGCUGCAGCCUUGUUCUCAGUGAGGUCCAAAGACUCAGGGAGGAGAGAGACGUGAAAGUGCACACCAUUUCCUUCAACUGCUCAGACAGAGCAGCGGUUGAGUUCCUGAGAAAGCUGGCUUCGCUCACCGGGGGCCGCUACCACUGCCCUGUCGGCGAGGACACGCUCGUCACAAUCCAUGGCCUGCUGACCAAAGGCUUCAUCGAGGAAAGGGAUCCUGCACUGCCACCGUUUGAAGGAGACGAUUUAAGGAUACUGGCCCGGGAGAUCACCAAGGCCAGAAGCUUCCUCUGGCAGGCCCAGUCCUUCAGAUCCCAACUCCAGAAGAAAAACAAUGUGGAACCAAAGGCCACUCUUCUUUAG